CACCACCAACAAGGCUAACCAACACGACUAGCACAGCAGCACCAGGACCGACAUCCCAACCAUCCGUCGGUCGACCUGUAGACCGUCGAGCGAUCCGAUCCCAUUCUCGGUUUUUUGGCACCCGUGUCGGUUGUUGUUCCGCUUUUAGGCCCGUGGAAUCCAUCCCGCUCAAUCCAUCGUGCCAUCCAUCGGUUGGUGGGUCGGUCGGUUGAUUGGUCUUUUAGCCUUGGCCGUCAAGAGGAGCCAAGAGGAGCCAAGAGGAACGGGGUGGGCACCUUUUUUUGGCACCUUUGGGUUGAUCUGUGGCAGUUUUCUGCGAGGUUGGUGGCCCUUUGUGUGCAUUUGGAGGGGGCGUGUUGAGUGAGACCAUGCAUCCCUUGAGUAGUGGGGGCUACCAGCCGCUCAGUGCGGGUUAUUCCGGCAUGGAUGCGGCUUCCCCGCCUCCAGGCUCGGCUGAUCAAGCGGGUUCGCCGCACGGUGACCCGUCAAACGGUGGGAAUGACGGUCAGAAUGGGGCCGGAGGUGGCGGCCAACCUCAGUACACGGACAUCAACCAAAUUCUGGAUCAGAUCUUGAACAUCACGGAUCAGUCGUUGGAUGAGGCUCAGGCGCGGAAACACACGCUGAAUUGUCAUCGGAUGAAAUCGGCCUUGUUCUCGGUGUUGUGCGAGAUCAAAGAGCGCACUGUGCUCAGUCUCCGCAAUGUGCAAGACGACAACCCGCCGGAUCCGCAGCUCAUGCGACUCGACAACAUGUUGGUGGCCGAGGGCAUCAUGGGCAAUGGAGGCCCAGAUAAAAGUGCGGCGGCGCAGAUCCCCGGACAGGACAGCACCGCCAUCGAGCACACUGAUUACAAGAACAAACUUGCUCAAAUCCGCCAAAUUUACCAGCAAGAAGUGGAGAAAUACGAUCAAGGGUGCAAUGAGUUCACUACUCACGUCAUGAAUCUCUUACGCGAGCAGUCAAGAACUCGGCCCAUCACUCCCAAGGAGAUUGAGCGCAUGGUUCAAAUCAUAAACAAGAAAUUUAGUGCAAUUCAGAUCCAACUGAAACAGAGCACAUGUGAGGCCGUCAUGAUUCUGCGGUCUCGCUUCUUGGAUGCCCGACGCAAGAGGCGGAAUUUCAGCAAAAAGUCGUCUGAAAUCCUCAACGAGUAUUUCUACUCGAACUUGGCCAACCCAUACCCCUCGGAAGAGGUCAAAGAAGAACUUGCCCGCAAAUGUGGGAUCACGGUGUCUCAGGUGAGCAAUUGGUUCGGCAACAAGCGCAUCCGUUACAAGAAGAACAUUGUCAAAGCCCAGGAGGAGGCUAAUAUGUAUGCGGCUAAAGCCGCCGCUGCUGCCGCCAAUCCUGGGGCCGGAUCGCCUUGGGGUGGAUCCCCUUUCCCUGGCAGCGGAUCUGGAGCCGGAGGGAGUGACGGUGGUGGCGGCUUUCAAGCUGGGUUUUAAUACCGGAUCCUACUAGCAAUUUCCAACAUCAUUCAGCUUGAACCACUGGAGCACUCUUCAGUCUCCGUGUGACGUGCCGGUGACAAGACAAAAACGUCCUGAUUUCAACCUUCGCUCCGAGAGCCCACCUGACACCAACCUUACAUUCUGUCUUUUCCUCCUUCUUUGCCUCGCUAGAAACUUUCUUUGUUCCAAUUGGGAUUCAACCUCUAGUUCGGCGUCUUUCAAAAGCAAUUGCAUCGAAUUUCCUCUCCUUCCUAGCUACAUACUUCAUAAAAAUGUAAAAGAACAACGAGCCGAACAAAACGUGUCGUAGACAUUUGCUACUACUGAUACUACAAUGUUCUGUAAUACGGUCCUAGCUGCAUUUAGGUUAUUAUGGGUCGCUCGAUAUCGGGGAUGAAUUCUUUUUCGCUCCACUAGCAGAGCGUAGAAUGCUCCGCCCAACAAUUACAUCUGUACAACGAUUUGGCUCAAUUGAGCCACUGCUGCCCUGACCACCAACCCCCUCCAGCUCUCCCUCUCCAGCUCUCUCUUCCUCAUUCUUCAACCUUUCCAUUAUCUCAUAUUAGUGCGUGCGUGUCUCCUUGUGUCCUUUGCUCUCUUGUCUGUGCGUUCCUCAAAGUUGAACCUCGGAGAUGUUGCCCUACCAUACAUACAAACAUAGAAUGUAAAAAUAGUUUGGUUGAAGAGGACUGCUUCUCUUCAUCCUUCUUAUCUUUCUCGUCGCCCAGGCUCGUCUGGAGUGCUCCCCUAAAGGCAAGAGUGUUGUCCUUGCCUAAAGUACAAGUGAAACUUUCGAAUCAAACUUGGAAAGAUUCAAUCCCUAUCCGAAUGGCCGCCAAGAAGUUCGGAUUUAAAUUGUUCUGUAUAGUUUUCCACAUUCCAGUAUUAAAAAAAUCAUGACACGA